AUGUCCGUCAUUCAGUUGGAAGAACUCGUGUCCUAUCAGCUCCGCACAAGCUACCUCAACGAGAUCGCCGACGGCGUGGGCGAGCGCCUCCUAACCGUCAACGAUGGCUUCCUAAACUCAGCUCCCUUCAAGGCCGCCGGCUGGCGACCCAAUUCCUCUCACAUUAAGCGGACACACUCACCCCCGAUACCCACCGCUAUUGCUUCCGAAUACUUCCAGGCACCUCGACAGGCAGGCCUCACGCUCGAGGAUGGAGAUGAAGAUGGAGGCAUGCUCACCGCUGGCGGAUCCGAUACCAUGGGGCCCGGGAUGGCUAUCAAGCGGCGCAGGCGCCGGGAACAGAUGGAAGAGGAGGACAGUAGCGACUUGAGCGACGACAGCGAUGAUGACACGGAUCAAAGAGCCGCGCAGCAGAUCAAGUUCGCCAAGAUGCCCGUGAGGCAUAGAGCAGGUUCAUCGCCACUUCAAAACACCAACCUACGACAGGUAGGGGCAGUAUCACCAAGGGCGCCCCGACGAGGUUCGCAGUCGGCAUUGGAGACAGUAAGGGAGAGGCCACGAAGAGACACAGUCACCAGCAGCGAGAUAUCUUCCGAAAACGAGAUCGACAUUCCCACUGUCCAGAGACACCGAGAGGCUGCCAGGGCUGCAGCUAGGGCAGCGAAGCUUCAAGCGAGAAUCCUUGAGGAGCCCACGCCUGGCAUCAAUCGGGUAGGCACUUCCCUCUUGCCAGAAGAGGAAGAAGACUCCGAUGAGGCUUCAGAUAUGUCUGAUGAUUAUGUGGAGAGCAUAGACUCGGCAUCUAUCCUUGAUGGUGUCGAAAACCCGGCCAUUAAUGGAUCACCUACUCGCCAGGUUGUUGGAACACCGCCUAAGAACUUUGUGCGACAAUCGACGAUUCGCAAAUCUCGGCCACCAACAAAUCCCAUUGUUCUUGGGUCUUUGCCUCCCCCGAGGCCCAUGAGCAUGAUCAGGCCCCUCAGCAUUGCCCAGCCCAAGAGCUUGUUGUCGGCCGCGCUCAAGGCCAAGGACAAGAAACCCACGAUCCCCUUCCACAGAUUUGCUCAUUUCAGCGGGCAGGGGACGCAAGGCCCCAUUCGUGUGCGCAUCUAUGCCGCCUUCUCCAAGACGCCAAGCAAGCCGUUCCAAGUGCUCAUCCGCCCACGUGUUCAGGACGGGCAGGGUGCCGAGAGGGUGGUUACCGUGGCGGACCUCAUUGGCCUGAGCUUGUAUCGCUACAAUGAAGAGAAGAUGGACCCGCCUAUCCCCUCGGACAAGCUCAACGUCAACUGGUGGACCCUUCGAAUGGUCGAAGAGGGUGGUGAGGUGGAUGAUGAUUUCCCUCCUGUUCCGAGAAGAGAGCCGUUGACCUCGUUUACGACGGUGAACAAUGCUGCCAUGCGAGGUGGAGGUCGUAUGCGGUCGAAUUCUACAGCUUAUGACGAAUUUGCCUUGACAGCAGCCUCAGAGGAAGAGUAUCUCAAGAACAAGGAACUUACACCACAAGAGGAGGAAGAGGAGCCUGUAACAUCACAGGAGAGUGGCGGGGUGACUCUGGAUUCAGCAGAACCAGGUCGAGAGGACGAGGAUGCCACGCCUAGGGGCACACCAGGCCCGCAAGUCAACUCUUUCCUGGCCGCCCGUCCACGACAGAAUCCCAUCGUCACGACGACGUACCGGUCAAAUGCACCUGCAGCAGACAUGCCGCAGGCACCCAUCGCGGCUCCAAACACAUCACGAGGACAACAGAAGCUGCUCCGAAUUCACAUCAUGUCUUCGGACAUUGCACCGGGUCAGAUGGUUACGCUCGAUGUGACGACGGAUACCUACCUAGCCGAAGUGCUAGAUAUGGUAUGUCGGAAGAGACAGCUGGACAAGGCCAACCAUGUACUCAAGCUGCCCGGGUCGGGAGCUGUAGUCAUGAUUGACCGGCCCGUGUCGUCGAUCGGCAACGUCUCCGAUCUGGAAUUGUACAGGCGACGGUUCGCGACGGACGGGCCGUUGACCAUCACUGGAUCGCCAGGCAGUUCAUCGCCAAAGAUGCUUCCGCUUACAGAUCCUUCGACGCAGAAACGGAGCAAGAAACAGGUUCAGAUGGUGGGAAGCCACCCACUGGCGCGAGAGUCCCUAAAGCAGGACGAGCUCAGCAACGCCAGCUACAAGAAGUAUACGGUCUGGCGAAAGCAGCCGAUGCGCAUUGUAGGAAUGAGCGAACGCAUCUUGGUGAUCGACGGCGAGUACAUCCACAUCAUGCCAGCCUCGGGCGGCAAGGCGUUGCACGACGGCGGAGGUAAAACAACGACGGUACACUUCAGCAAUGUGGUCGGGUGCAAAGUGCCUCGGAAACAUCCCACAAAUGUCAAGCUGGUGGUGUACAAGGCGACAGAGAGCAAACGGUAUGAUUUUGAGGCGAGGAGCACGCUAGAGGCAGCAGAGAUUGUGGAAGAGCUCAAGAAGGGUAUCUCCCCAUACCGAGAUGUCUGA